AGUUGAUCGGUCAACAGCCUGGGCGUGCCCAUUGCGAUUUGUGAUUGGAAGGCCUAGUCGUAGUCUGGGCGUGCUCGAGUUAUACCAAGCAUAAAGAGAAGAGAAAGUCAACUUUCAAAGCAAAGACAAUGCUAAAGGUAGUCUCGAAGCACAAUACAGCUCCUGUAAAUCCGAUUUGUAUAUGCCCUAACUCCCUGGCGAGUAUGAGCUCCCAGAUGCCUGCAUUCCUUUUCUUUGUCUUCUCAGUCUGUCGAUACCUUGAGCUCCCUAGCAAUCCACAUGCUGGACCGUACGCGACCACGCCGUACUGCACCUCCUCACAAGUAAAGUGUAUCCAGCUCAGCCCUUCUUAUGCCUUCACCUUCCCUGCAGCAGCUUUAGAUUUCUCCGCCGUGACGUGGUCUUCCGAAUUGACCUCAAGGAAGUGGUAUAGUAUUAUGAGGAGCAUGGCGGCGCUUCCGAGGAAGAUGGCGAGCGUGUACAACUGGUUGUCGGUUAUCAUUCUGGCUUUGACCGCGCGUCGAUGGGAUCGAGGGAAGAGUUGAGGGGGUGGUGAGCUUUUAUGGCAGACGUAACCGCAGGAGGGGAGG